AUGGAACAGAACACACUCAAGCGACGAGGCGUAGGCCUCACCGGAAAGGAUGCACGGUCUGCCGGCGGCUUCACUCUCUUCUGCCCUCUCACCAGCGACACCGCUCACCUGAUUGCCAUUGACGGCUCCGAGGCGCAUACCUGGAAGCUCCCCGGCCGAGUCGGGCGGCACGCCCGCAUCCUGCCCAACGGAAACCUCGCCGUCAACACGCUCCGGCCGCCCCCCGCGGACAAGACCACCGCCGACGGAGGCCCGUUCCCCUUCCCCUUCUUCAACAAGUACGGCGGCGGCGUCAUGUCCGAGCUGGCCCCGGACGGCGAGGUCGUGCGCCAGUUCACGGAUCCCCUGGCGCACCACGACCAGUACCACUACGGCGACGGCCGGAUCCUGUACACCGCGCUGGAGGCGCUGUCGCCGGAGGAGUCGGCCAAGGUGGUCGGGGGCGUGCCCGGCAGCGAGGUUGACGGCAUCACGUACGCGGACACCAUCAAGGAGGUCGAUCCGGGGGGGAACGUGACGUGGGAGUGGAAAGUCUCGGAGCGGCUGCCGCGCGCCGAGUACCCCCUGCAGGCGCACUACACGCGCGAGCACUAUCCGCUCGUCAACUCGGUGCUGCCGCUGCGCGACGGCAACAUCCUGGCGUCGCUGCGCUCCGUCUCCGCCGUCAUCAUCAUCGAGCGGUCCACCGGCGAUAUCGCGUGGCGUGUUGGCUCCGAGAUCCUCGCGCAGCAGCACAACGCGACGGAGCUCGACAACGGCAACAUCCUCGUCUUCGACAACGGCGCGUUCCGCAGCGGCGAGUCCGUCAUGUACUCGCGGGUGAUUGAGAUUGACCGCGCGAGUAGGGCGAUCGUGUGGGAGUACCGCGACCGCUCGCAGAUGCACAACUUCUUCACGCCGUUCAUGGGCAGCGCGCAGCGGCUGGCGAACGGGAACACGCUGGUGUGCGAGAGCGCGUUCGGGCGCAUGUUUGAGGUGACGAGGGAGGGGGAGGUUUGCUGGGAGUAUGUCAACCCGCACUUUGCGCCGUACGCCGAUGAGGUGACGGCGAGCAUCUUCCCGGGAGAGUCGAAUGCUGUCUUUAGAGCGUAUCGAUACUCGAUCGAGGAGAUCCCUUGGCUGGAGAAGAAGGAGCAAUUAGAGUGA